CGUGUGAAGUAAUCUUAGCAUUACAUGAAAUGGCGCAAACGCAUAACAGAAAAUAUUAGACAAACGAUAUAGAGCAAAUAAACAAUGAAAUUUUUCAAAAGUUGUGUAUUAAAUAAAUUGUGCAGCUUGAAUAUUUACGUUUAUAAAGUGGUUUAACGCAUCUAAUUUGCAAUUGAUACAUAAUACAAGAUUGUAAAAAAUGUCACGACUUUUAAGAAAAAGGCUUCCGCCAUUGAAAGAGAAUUCUGAGGAUAAAAUAAAGAAACGCAAACCCGGCAAUGUUUUGUCAACUGAUUCAAAUCAGAAUUCGCGAGUUGUCAUUUCUAAACAAUCAACAAAAGUCAAGAAUACCCGAUCUUCGAAAAAAAUACAAGAACAAGAUGAAAACAUUGUUCCGCAAAAUAAAAAAUCCCAAGAAACAGAAAAAACAAAAACCAGUAAUCGUCUAUUGAGUUUGAAGAUCUUGAAACAAGACACUGACAAUAAAAAAGCUGUGUUGAACGUGAAAUCUCCCGUUUUUCGAGACAGAACAAAUGAAAGUUCAGAUCCUCCUGUUAUUGUUCCUCUGGCUAAGCAAAAGUCAUCAAACACGAAACUUGAGACUGUUGUUCUUCCUGUGGAUAAGGAAUUAACUGCCAGGGCGAAAUUGAGAUCUGAGAAGGUAGAAAAUUUACAAGAGCACACAAAAUCAACAGAUAAAUCGAAUUUAGAGGAGAAACAAUUGUCGCAGCAGAAUUUGGAACAAAAAGAAACUGAAGCGACGACAAAAGGAGGCUUAAGAACAAGAAGUGGAAAGUUAUUAGUGGGAAAAGAUAAUGCAAGUGACACAGAGGAGAAAAAGAAAAAAUCCGAUAAUGAGGAUGUGAAAGAUAAAGAAGAGGAUAAAGAAGAUGUUUCAAAGGAAAAAGACGUGGUUCCAAAAAAGAAAAAGUUUUUCACUUUGUCAAUUAAAGAUCGUACAAGAAAAAGAAAAAUUGUAAAGAAACCACCUUUAGAUGAAAGUUCAUUUAGUUUACCUGUUGUUCCUGAAGAAAUUACUCCAAGUAAGAAAAAAACAUUACGUCCUCGUCAGGAUGUGAAGAAUUAUUGUGAAAAGAGUAAAUUGGUUUUAUCUCCAAGAAGUCGUAACAGCAUGGUUGUUAUUGAAAAAAUAUCCAGUACUAGUGAGAAGAAAGUUCCUAUCUGGAAAACUAUCCAAUUUUCAGAGACAAAAACUAAAGAUAAAGACGUUUAUGAGAUUUCGGACAGCGAUUUAUCGUUUGAGGAGAAUCCAAAGAAACGGAAGAAAGGUAUCAAGAAGAAGCCUCCUAAGCGAUUGAAGAAAACUGUAAAAUUCUUCAAAUCAAAUAAAAAUAAAUCACCAAAAUCAGUUGUUAAAAAAUCUGCUGAUCCAACUUUGAAAGUACAGUGCACUUUGGACUCGGCUCCCCAGGUUGAAAUAGAACCAAAUUCUCACGAGCUUCCUCAGAUCCAUCAGAAACCAAAGUUGGUUUCCAUCGAGGUCGUUGAGCCUAAGAAUAAAGUGUCUUUUGUGCCUCAAGCAGCAAAAGAAUUCAGACCCUUCAGAGUGACUCAAAAUUUCCGUGCAAUGUCUAUGAUGCAACCGAACAUGGCGGAUCAUUCUCUCCUCUCGAAAACGAUGUCCCCAAUUGCAAGAGUCGCAGAAAAUGUAGACUUCUCAACUCCGUGGCGACUUCCUCAGACGGGGAAUUUUUCUCGUGUUUGCAGUUUAGUUCAAAGUACUCCUCAAAUCAAACCUGCUGGUUUAUUGGCAAGAAGGACCGUUCUUGUCAAACCAGAAGAAGAGAAAAUUACCAACGACAAAUCGACGAGUGCCGUCGAUAAUUUAACCCCAGUGAAUUUGAACACAGAUGAAAGUAGAUUGCCUGAAAUUCCUCAUGUGCCAAGUCCUGUCGGUGCUUCUAUUCAAAAUUCAAUUUCUGAUGAUGUCGAGGACAAGGAAAAUGCGGCACCAAAUUGUCACAGUCCUCAAAAGUCUCCAAAAAAGAAGGGCACUUUGGCAACGCCAGUUUUCGAACCACAGCCUGGACCUUCAGGAUUGCAGAAACAACCACUCCGCGAACUGAAGAUCUUGCGGCAAACGAAUUUAAAUAAUUUCUUAAGUCUGGACGACGCGCCCGAAAGAACGGAAAUUCGAACGCCACAUGGAAUUUUUGAUGACGUUCAUUCCACUCCAAUUAAUGGCAAAUUUCUGAAGAAAUCUUCCCAGACGGACAUUGAGAACGCCUUUGGAUUUGAUGACGAUUUUGAUGCAUCUUCGAUUGUGUGUCAAAAUGAAAAACCCAUUGUUCUGAAAGGAAUACUUCGGGAGAAGAAGGGAAAUGUCAGACCAAGGCAAGAGUCUGAAUCCAAAAGACCUGUGAGAUUUUCUGCAAAAGAGGUAUUGAGAACGCUGCACGCACGUCGAGUAAAGAAAGAUGAAAAUAAUGAUGAAAAUAAGAAGCAAAUUAAUCAAGAGAAAGAUAAACGUGAAGAAGAAUUUGUUGAAGAAUCAGUAAAAGAAACUUCAAAGAAAGAUGAAGAAAAUGAGAUAAUUGAUUUCUCUGAUACAUUUGAUCUAUUAAAGGAGCAAACAAAUGAAAAAGAUGAUAACAAACAGGACUGUAGUGUCGUGCCUCUGUUUGUAGACAUUGAACCACCAACUCGCUUCGCCACUCCUGCAAAAUCUACCUAUAAACGUAAAAGACAUACAAUGUGCAGCACGUUCUCUGAAGAAAGUGAUGAGGACGACGAAAAUAGGAAUGAAUUAAAGGAAAAAGUAAAGAAACAAACCAAGAAAUCUAAAAAAGAAAACAAGAAACUUAAUGAAUGGGCGAAAGGAAUUAACAAAACUUUUGAAGAAAUUGAUAAUUUCGACUUAAUUGUUGAAUAAAAAUGAAGCUUCAGCUAGCUUUAUAUUUUGUGCAAAUUUGAAGGAACUUUUUCGAUUUUUAUAUUCACAAUGAAGUUCUCCACAUUAACAGAGAUUCAUUUCUAUAAUAAAUCUUGCUUCUGUACAUAUUUGCACAGAAUUAUAAUUAUUUAUAUAGUUUUAUUACUGUUUAAAAGAUCUUGAUGAAGAGUAAGUUUUUAAAUAUGUGUUAUGUUAAUUAUUUAAAAAAAGAAAGGUAGAAAAAUUAAUGCUUUUAAUUAAUGUUCAUUAGUUAAAAGCAUUAAUUUGACAAAUUAAUAUUACUAAUUAUUAUGAAUGAUGUAAGUUUAUUAUAGAUAGAAAUUAUUAAGUCGAUAAAUAUCUCCUAAAUGAUAAAAUCAAAAUUGCUUAAGUUUAAGCUUUUUAUAAUAAAUAAUUUAUAUUACACUUUAAAAGCUUUUGUAAAUUAUAUAAUUGCUGAACGAAGUGAUUUAAGUCUGAAAGAUAUUGCAAUGUUUUGAAAAUAAUGUUUUAAAGGUAUACAGAUGCUUGUGUUUACAACUUUAAAUACGCAAUUUUAAUUGGUAAAAUAUUCGUAAAAUUACUGUGUUUUAAUUGUAUGUCAACAACAAUAAUUUAAGAAAAAAAAUACAUUUGGAAAUAAGUAUUACAAUUUGAAGGAAGAAUUAUUAGAGGAAUAUAUUAUUUGUGCUUGUAAAGAAAUGUAUAUUUUUCAUUACCUUUUUCAAAUAAAUAAAUAAUUUCAAAUCAAA